AUGUCCGCACAUUUUGCGUUGAUUACGCACUUUACUCAACGUCUUCGUUUUAUUCCAUUAUUCGACAAAUUUAUGCCGAAUCUGGGCAUUGCCUUCGAUUUAAUGCAGGUUCGGUUCAACGAUCUUGGCCGUCUCGCUUUUUUUACCCCAUAUUAUAAGUACGUUUUCAGUCGUUCUUGGAUUACUUGUCGCAAUGAUGUGGUUGGUCGAACCUGGCGUGACUUCCAAACAGGCAAUCAUCAGACAAAUAUGACUUCCACUACCUCAGAAGUCGCUCGUCCCUACAUAAAUCCAGAAGAACAAUGGCCUGACUUUAUGGAGCACGCAGCCAGGGUGAUGGCCAGCAUUCCACGCUGUGCUGAUUCUUCGGAUUAA